UGGCACUUGAUGGACUGUCUUCUUUCUGCACGUUCUUUUUUUUUUCAGGACUCUUAGGUCAUUUGUUUGCGCAAUAAAUUUAAAAAUGAAAGGCGUAAGGUCACUACAAACGAGAUGGUCGCCGAAUCACGGUCAAAGUUUGGUACGAAAGGAAAGCCUUCGCAGAGGAUUGACACAGCAGUGAUGAGACGGAACGAAACACCACGGCUUCCUGACAAUCCUUUGAACCCUUCCGGCACUGGUACUGCUCAAGAGGACCUAUCAUGGCUUUUGAACGAAUAUAAAAAGCAAAGACCAGAUAUGCAGCAAAUGCGGGAGAGGCUGCGAGCUACCUUUCAAGUGAGGUCACAGAAAAUGAAAUCCAGCACAGUUGCUGCCUCUCUGAAGGAGUUUCCGUACCUGAUUGAUUUCAGAUUUUUCAUGCAAGAGUUCCAGCUGUUGACUCAGAAGGAUGCUUCUAAAGGUGUAGAAGCUGCAAAUGAAGAUGUGCUGAACAUGGUGACAAGAAAGCAAGUACGGUGCAGCCAGGAGGCAAAAGAUGGUGUAGCUGCCUGGCGCACAAUUAACAACUGUGAACGUCGAAAGAAUCACCUCCGUUGCAUACAGGCCCUGAGGGUCCUCAGUGAGAUCUUCAAGGAGAAGAAAGCAGUGGACACUUUAUUUCUUCAUGAGCCGAGGGCUGAUGCUUCUGUCAACAUUCUCAUACUCACUAUGGUGCGUUGUGUCAACACUUUGAGGAACAUUAGGAUGUGGAAUACUUGCGGGUACAUUCUGUGGGUCCUCGUCACUGUGUCUCGUGAGGAUGUGACGACGAAAGGAAGGGAAUGA